CCUAUCCCUCCCAUCCCUGACCCAGUCAAACGUCAGCGUCGUUCAACGAUGGGCUUUGCAUCCAAGAUCGCCAACAGCCAGAACCCGCCGCCCAACAUGAGCGCGAACAAGCCGGGCACCUAUGACGGAGCCCCUCCGACAGGCUAUGCCGGUGGUCCUCCUUCUGCGCUGCAGCCUGGAGGUGGUGCCGGUGGAUUGCAACAGCAGCAACAACAUCAACCACAGCAACAACAGCAACCGCAGUAUCAGGCUUACCAAGGCUCCCCUGCGCCAUCCGCUACCUCGGUAAGCUAGACUUGAUUUUUUGGUUUCGAUGACUCAGUUCCUACCCUUGUUUCCCUUUUGUUUGCGCCGCGCUCUUCCCCUCAUUGCUGCUGGGUCACCCUCGCCCUCCAUCGUGAGAUUCUCUCCUCGAAUAAA